AUGCCAUUUUGGUUUUGUUCCCGGCUGUAGUGAGUAGAGUGACUCAACAGGAACUUGGGUUUCUGACGGAAUCGUUUGGCUUUUAAAACAAGGUAAAAGGAAAGUAGCAACGGGCUGAAAGCGUUGAAGCGAUAGAGAGGAGAGCAUUCCGGACGAAGAGGGAGGAAAACGAAGGUUUAUUGAUGUCCAGCUCGCCGCUGUCGAAAAAGCGCCGUGUAUCCUGUUCAGAGACGAAGACGGGAUCAAAUUGCUCUUCGGUCAACUCUAUAAGAACUGAUCUAACUUCCAAUCCAGCCAACGGCAUGGCUAAGAAUGGCAAUGAAGUUGAAAUUGAUGAGGGGCUGUAUUCUAGACAACUGUACGUGUUGGGUCAUGAUGCAAUGAAACGCAUGCAAAACUCCAGUGUGCUAAUUUCUGGAAUGAGAGGUCUUGGAGUUGAGAUUGCAAAGAAUGUCAUUUUGGGAGGUGUUAAGAGUGUUACAGUGCAUGACAUAGGAAUCACUGCCUGGAGCGAUUUAUCCUCACAGUUUUAUCUCAGAGAAGAUGACAUUGGGAAAAACCGUGCAGAGAUGUCCCAACCACGCCUUGCAGAGCUGAAUAACUAUGUGCCUGUAUCUUCAUAUACGGGAGUUCUUACAGAAGACUAUCUCCUCCAGUUUCAGGUAGUUGUGCUGACAAACCCCACAAUUGAAGAUGAGUUGUGGAUUGCAGAGUUCUGCCAUAACAAUGGGAUCAAAUUUAUUCUUGCUGAUACUCGUGGCUUAUUUGGCCAGCUGUUCUGUGAUUUUGGAGAAGAAAUGACUGUGAUUGAUACAAAUGGAGAGCAGCCUCUGACUGCUAUGAUUUCCAUGAUUACAAAGGAUGAAGCAGGAGUUGUGACUUGUCUUGAUGAAGCACGACAUGGCUUUGAAAGUGGAGACUAUGUUACAUUUACUGAGAUCCAAGGCAUGACUGAGCUCAACAACUGUGACCCAGUUCAGAUCAAGGUUUUAGGUCCUUACACAUUCAGUAUUUGUGAUACCAGCAGUUUUUCAGAUUAUGUUCGAGGAGGAAUUGUUACGCAAGUUAAGAUGCCCAAGAAGAUCCACUUUAAAUCCUUGUCAUCUUCAAUGGCUGAACCAGACUUUAUCAUGACUGACUUUGCUAAGUUUGACCGUCCAGGUCAGCUACAUAUUGGGUUCCAGGCACUCCGCCACUUUGCAAAAAAACAUGACAGAAUGCCAAAGCCUUGGAAUAAGUCUGAUGCUGAAGAGCUGCUGUCCAUUGCCAAAUCCAUCAAUAGCUGUCUAUCUGGAAGUGCUAAACAAGAGCAGCUUGAUGAAACCCUGUUAAAGAAGUUAUCCUAUGUGUCAGCAGGAGACCUUGCUCCUAUCAAUGCAUUUAUUGGAGGCCUAACCGCCCAGGAAGUCAUGAAGGCUUGCACUGGAAAAUUUAUGCCAAUUGUCCAGUGGCUAUACUUUGAUGCUCUUGAAUGUCUUCCUGAAGAGGAGGAGUCCAUUCCUACUGAAGAGGAUUGUGUGUUUAGAAACAGUCGGUAUGAUGGUCAGAUUGCUGUGUUUGGAUCCAAAAUUCAGGAGAAGUUGUCAAAACAAAGAUAUUUUUUGGUUGGUGCUGGAGCAAUUGGUUGUGAGCUGCUGAAGAAUUUUGCUAUGAUUGGUCUUGCCUGUGGUGAGGGUGGAGAGGUCAUUGUUACUGACAUGGACACCAUUGAAAAGUCAAAUCUAAACCGACAGUUUCUGUUCAGAUCUUGGGAUGUCACUAAAAUGAAAUCGGAGACUGCUGCUGCUGCAGUUAAACAAAUGAAUCGUCAGAUACACAUCACUGGUCAUCAGAACAGAGUUGGACCAGACACGGAGAGAAUCUAUGAUGAUGAUUUCUUUGAGGGGUUAGAUGGAGUGGCCAAUGCAUUGGACAAUGUUGAUGCCAGAAUGUACAUGGAUCGCCGCUGUGUGUAUUAUCGGAAGCCUUUGUUAGAGUCUGGCACAUUGGGAACAAAGGGAAAUGUGCAAGUGGUCAUUCCCUUCUUGACAGAGUCAUACAGUUCUAGCCAGGAUCCUCCUGAAAAGUCUAUACCCAUCUGUACUUUGAAGAACUUUCCUAAUGCAAUUGAGCACACCUUGCAGUGGGCCCGUGAUGAGUUUGAAGGCCUAUUCAAGCAGCCAGCAGAAAAUGCAAUGCAGUACCUCACAGACCCGAAAUUCCUAGAACGUACCUUGAAGUUGCCUGGAGCACAGCCUCUUGAAGUACUGGAGGCAGUUUAUAAGAGUCUGGUCACUGAUUGUCCCAAGAAUUGGGAGGACUGUGUUGCCUGGGCCAGGAAUCACUGGCAAUGCCAGUAUAACAAUAACAUUCGUCAACUUCUGCAUAACUUUCCACCAGAUCAGAAAACAAGCUCAGGAGCUCCUUUUUGGUCAGGACCAAAGAGGUGUCCCCAUCCAUUGGAUUUCAGCACCAGUAAUGCCUUGCAUAUGGACUAUAUUAUUGCAGCAGCCAACUUAUUUGCCCAGUCAUAUGGUAUAAAAGGUUCCACAGACAGGGUUACAGUUAUCAAGAUCCUGGAGUGUAUUAAAGUGCCAGAGUUUAUUCCAAAGUCAGGAGUCACCAUUCAUGUAUCAGACCAAGAUUUGCAAAGUGCUAAUGCUUCAAUUGAUGAUUCUAGGUUGGAAGAGCUAAAAUCUAUUUUACCCAAGCCCGAUGCCUUAACCAAUCUUAGGAUGACAUCGAUUGACUUUGAGAAGGAUGAUGACACAAACUUUCACAUGGACUUUAUAGUAGCUGCAUCUAACCUCCGUGCUGAAAAUUAUGACAUAAGUCCUGUGGAUAAGCAUAAGAGCAAACUGAUUGCUGGAAAAAUCAUCCCAGCCAUUGCCACAACAACAGCUGCAGUGGUUGGCCUUGUGUGCCUGGAGCUCUUCAAAAUAGUACAAGGCCAUCAGAAGCUAGAGUCUUACAAAAAUGGCUUCAUGAACCUAGCUUUACCUUUUUUUGCCUUUUCUGAGCCCAUUGCUGCACCAAAACACAAGUACUAUGAAACUGUCUGGACACUUUGGGAUCGCUUCGAGGUCAAAGGAAUCCAGCCCAAUGGAGAAGAAAUGACUCUUAAACAGUUCUUGGAUUAUUUCAAGAAUGAACACAAGUUGGAAAUUACUAUGCUUUCCCAGGGAGUCUCUAUGCUAUAUUCUUUCUUCAUGCCUGCUGCUAAAUUACGGGAGCGCUUUGAUCAACCGAUGACGGAGAUUGUGACGAAAGUGUCUAAAAAGAAGCUUGGCAAACAUGUUAAGGCCCUUGUCUUUGAACUUUGUUGUAAUGAUGACACAGAUGAAGAUGUUGAGGUUCCCUAUGUCAGAUAUACUAUUCGUUGAGACCUCCAGUGGAGCAGAAGAGUGUCUGGCAAAGAAGGACAGAUGAGAAUUUCUGGGAGAGGACAUACAAUCUAGAGCAGAGGAGAAGGCUGCUGCAGGAUUUGCUGCUGAGUUAAAAAUGAAGAGAUUUGUAGAAUAUGCCUAAGGAGGAUAAACUGAUAAAGCAGUGACUGGCAUACAUACUUUUAAUACACCGAAAUUAAAAUCAUUCUUUUAAACCAAUGAAUCAUAUUUUGAAGAUUUCAGGGUUAUCUUCUUAAUGUUCCUUUUUUUAUUUGAACUAUGGUUUUAU